AUGGGUUGUGGUCCUAUUGGUGGUAAUGGGAGUGUUGAUCGCGAUCAGUUUUGUCGUCAAUUUCAUACGGUGUCUGUUCUGUUUUGGACGUUGAAUAAUAGGGUCGUACAAAUAUUCUCAAGUCUGUGCUAUUUGUGUUCUCACGCUGAUCCUACUCAUUACGUAGACGUAAUUCGCAAGUAUGGAGAAAUAGCUCAGCAAAGUCCAUAG